AUUACGAUAUCUUUCAGUUUAGUUUAGACCUGUCUGUCAAGAGAGUGAAUGUUAACAACUUUAAAAUACAAUUCAAUUACAAGUGUUUUGAAAAAGAAGUCUUUUUUUCAUUCGUACUUUUUUCUAGAAAAAGUGUUCGAAACUUGGUUCGAAGAAAACCGUGAGGAGGAGAAAUUUUCCCGAUGAGUUAAGGAAAACGAGGAGCUAAACAAAAGGAAGAAACAGGAAGAAAAAUGGAAAACUCAGAUGUCGAGGACGAUGUGCAAAUUCCAGACGACAAUACAUUCGAUCUAACUUUGCCAGCGAGUCACUCCUACCUCGGCAACAACCUCGAGGAACUCCGAGGUCGUACCCUUCUCGAUGAGGGAAUCUACAUAAAUCUCCCCCUCCUCAUAAAGAAGUCCGUCGUCCUCUUCCCCGGACAAACCCUCCCCCUGACCGUCUUCGACCGGCAAACCAUCGAAAUGCUCCAGCAGUGCAUCAACAAAAACCGAAUAUUCGGCGUCGUUUGCCUCGGCUACGACAAACUCAUCUCCAUCGGCACCACCGCCGAGAUCUACGAGUACAUCGAGGGCUCGCCAAUCGAGGGCUUUCGCAUCAAGGCCAAGGGACGGCAACGCUUCAAAAUUCUCCGCAUCACUCAGGGCUACGGCAAAUUCUCCGCCAAUGUCAAAAUAGUUCCCGAAAUCGAUCUCGGUCUUCCCCUCUGGGAGUCGCGUUGUCGCUCCUCGGAUCAUUUACGACAACAGACGUCGACGCUGCUCAAAGAGAGGAUCGAACGUCACGACUCAAUUUCCACGCCUUGGCCGUCGUGGCUCAUGAAACGCUACAAUAUCAAUAAACUCUCGGAGAAAAUUCGCCUCCACUUCGACUUCAUCAAGAAACGAGGAAGUCACGUCCCCGAGGAUCCCACCGAACUCUCCUUCUGGGUCGGGCAAAAUCUCCCCCUCGUCGACAGCAAGAGAAUCGCUCUCCUCAACUACGACAGUGCGAUUCCGCGCCUACAGAAGGAAAUCAAUUAUCUCGUGAGGGAUCGCUGCUUCGUUUGCAACGAGUGUAAUUCGUUUAUUGGCAAACAGUCGGAUAUGUUUCCGAUGAAUCGCGAGGGACCGCAGGGGACCUACUGCAAUUUGAGUGGAAUUUUGCACGAGACUGUGACACUCUACAGGGCGAAGAACUUGAUUCUGAGUGGCAAUGAACCGUCGACGGAAUAUUCCUGGUUUCCCGGCUACGCGUGGACGAUUGUCUCGUGCCAAAAAUGUCGCAAUCACAUGGGAUGGCUCUUCACUGCGGAGAAUAAUAAUUUACGACCCAAGUCCUUCUGGGGACUGACGAGACGUGGCUUGAGAUCGAAACGUGUCUGGACGAAGGACGAUUAUGAGGAGAGGCUCGAUCGGAGUGAUUCCGAUACGGAUUAUAAUAAUGAAAAUGAUUCUUAGAAUACCUAUUAGUUUUUUCAUUAAUAUAUUAUAUAAUAUUGUGAAUUAAAUACUUUUACAAUUGUAAUGUUAA